GAUUUUCACCAUGAUGACGACUUAUCAACAGGAAAGGCUAGUGUUAAACGGCGGCACCAUGACAAUGCCACCGCCCCCGCCGCAGGAGGAAUCCGAACCGCCCGCCCCCGGCACGGAGGAACCACCCCUGAAGAUCCAGAAAUUAGACAGUGAGUAUUAAAUUUGUUUCCGUGAUAAUAACGUGUACAGCCUCAAGUAUUCGACACCCAUACUAAUGUGCGAUGUCUGCUUGAGAUGUUCCAGAAUUGAGAUCAUCCGGCUCGUAGCCACUGAUGGAGUCAUUGAAAAUGCUGUAACUGUAGCCUGCACGGUUACACGGUAGGACAAACUAAAAGUAAUUAUAAUGGGAUUGAGUAUGAGUUCUUGAACGACAAUGGCAAAAUUCCUUUUAUGGUUUCCCCCUCCGAAAACACAUACUCAUUCUGCAUAAUAAUAUAAUAUACGCAUUGUGGAGAUUGAACCGGUUGUUUUAGACAUAUCUAUUUUCUUUUUGUGUUUCCAGAUACAAUUAGGUGCAUCUUGUUGCGAGUACGUUGUUUCGAUUACUAGAGGCUUGACUUGACCACCAUUUGGAAACUGCGUCCCAGAACUGCGAAAAUGUGAUGACAUCAAAUAUAUUUAUGACUUAGAGCAAGUAGAUGAAGUUAUUACAGGGCCUGGAGCGAGGAGCAACACAAUAGCCGGCAUUUUGGGAGGGGCGCUUCCCAAACUCUCGUCGGAUCAGAGCGAUGCGGUCAGCAAGGCGAAAAAAUACGCGAUGGAACAGAGUAUACGGAUGGUACUUAUGAAACAGACCAUUGCCUACCAACAACAGAAAAAUAAGACCUUCCAGAGACAUCAAGUAUUAGUUUUAAUGUGCAGCAAAUGGCUAGUCAGAGGACUCAGGUCCAGAGGCAGCAGGCUCUCGCCCUUAUGUGCAGAGUGUACGUGGGCAGUAUCAGCUUCGAACUGAAAGAGGACACCAUAAGGCAAUCAUUCCUACCUUUCGGACCGAUAAAGUCGAUCAACAUGUCGUGGGACCCGGUAACGCAGAAGCACAAGGGAUUCGCGUUCGUUGAAUACGAAAUUCCUGAGGCGGCGCAGCUCGCCCUGGAGCAAAUGAACGGCGUCAUGAUAGGGGGUCGAAACAUCAAGGUGGUGGGCAGGCCAAGUAACAUGCCCCAAGCCCAGACAGUCAUUGACGAAAUACAGGAGGAGGCCAAGCAGUACAACAGGAUAUACGUCGCGUCGAUACAUCCAGAUCUUACCGAUGUUGACAUCAAGAGUGUCUUCGAAGCUUUCGGACCCAUAAUCUAUUGCAAACUGGCGCAGGGUUCGUCGGGUCACAAACACAAGGGCUACGGUUUCAUCGAGUACGAGACUGCCCAGGCGGCAAACGAAGCUAUUGCCAGCAUGAACCUCUUCGACUUGGGAGGACAAUACUUGCGCGUGGGUCGGGCCAUCACACCACCCAAUGCCCUCAUGGGCCCAUCAUCUGGUUCGAGCGUGAUGCCGACGGCCGCUGCGGUAGCCGCGGCUGCAGCUACUGCCAAAAUCCAAGCCAUGGACGCGGUGGCCAGUAACGCAGCCGCCCUCGGCUUUUCUAAACUUAGCCAACCGACCACAAUAGCGCCUGUGGCUACGCCUACGGUCGCGAUGCCAGGUCUAGGCAGCGCGGUUGCUGCUUCGGUUCCGGCUACUAUUCCCGCCGUUCCGCCGGCGGGAGGCGGUGCCGUUGUUCCACCACCGGGUAUAGCGAUUCCCCAACUUACCGCCAACAACACAAUACAACCUGCCAUCGUCACACCUAUCGUCACUUCGGUGCAACAAACUGCCGCCAUUCCCCCGCCCACGGUAGUUACUCCGGUGGUACCUAUCGUUAACCCUCAGCAAGAAGCGAUGAAAAGGGCGCAGGAGGCGCAGCUCAAACAGCAAGAAGAACUACAGAAGAAACUGCUGGAUCAAAACGAGCCACAAACGUUACAGCAACAGGAGAAUAUGUCGAUUAAGGGACAGAACGCCAGGCACUUUGUAAUGCAGAAACUCAUGAGGAAAGUGGACUCUAGGGUGGUGAUUCUACGGAAUAUGGUUGGACCGGACGAAGUAGAUGAAACCUUACAAGAAGAAAUCCAGGAGGAGUGCAGCAAAUUUGGAGCAGUGGAACGAGUUAUUAUUUACAACGAAAGGCAGUCCGAAGAUGAUGAUGAUUCAGAAAUUAUUGUUAAAAUAUUCGUCGAAUUCAAUGCAACCAAUGAAGCAGAACAAGCGAGAGAUGCCUUAAACGGAAGGUACUUCGGAGGGAGGAUGGUCCGGGCGUCCCUCUACGAUCAGACGUUAUUCGAUCACAGCGAUUUUUCUGGUUAAUUAGCAGUAGGAGGAGCUGCCGUUUUCUACUAUGUAGGAAUGUCGUAUUAUUAUGUGCUUACGACCUUAGUUCUCGAUUAAGGCAAAUUGUAUAUUUCUGAAUGUUAUUAUGUUAAUUUUAAGUAACUUACCAAUCUGUGACGUUUUUAUUGAUUUGUAAAUAAAUUGUACAAUUCUAACAA